AUGGUAGAACUAGCUAAAGAAGCCCGAAGAAAGAGCCUUUUGGAUGGGGCUAGGGCAUUUGCUUCAGAAGGCAAGCAUAAACUCCAUGGCUCACUGAUCGAGAGUUUGCUUUUGGUGAAGUCUUUGAAUGAAGGGCCGCUCAUCAAAGAUCGGGAGAAUCCAACAGUUGGAAAGACAACCCAUUUGAAGGUUGAGAUCGUUAUAAGCUUAUCUCUUCGCAUCGGGCCUGAGACUAGGGCUGUAAGAAGGGCCCCUCCUCCUGGCUUCAAUCAGCCCCAUACUGAUUCAAGGGCUAUGCAUCGAAAUGAG